GACUUCGUCCACACCACCGGCGGCUUCAGGAUUCUCCUCACAUUUUCCCUCCUCUUCUCUGCCUAUACCAUAGCUCGCUACUAUCGCAGUCCUUGGCGCAAAGUCCCUCACGGCCCAAGAGGCUACCCUCUCAUAGGUAACGCUCUAGAGUUGGGUGGAUCGAAGUUGUGGUUGAAGUUGACUAAGUGGCGAGAUGUCUAUGGAGACCUUGUAUACCUCAACGCUGCCGGAAAACCUGUCAUAAUCAUCAACUCUGUCAAAGCAGCCGUGGAUCUCCUCGACAGACGCGCUGCGAACACGUCAAACCGGCCGAAGAAUAUUGUAGCCUCGGAGCUGCUCACCGGAGGAAUGUUCAUGACGUUGCAGAAUCUCACCGACGAGUGGCGCCGCAUGCGCAAAGCUUCGCACGAACACCUAUCAAAGUCGAACGCCACAGCGUACCAUGCCUCCCAAGUCACCGAGUCUGUCCUCCUCGCGCUUGGU